UUUGUUGACUCAUAUUUGUUUUGUGAAUAUACAGUAAUAAAAAACAAUGGUACUUUGCUUUUGGACAUAUUUGCUGUGUAUCGUGUAGACUAGUCAUUUAACAUCUUUUUAGCUAGCGCAAUUAGCUUAAUGAAAGUUAGCUACCGCUAGGCAGCGCUGCUGGAGGAUUCGCUUUUCAAACGUAAACUGCAGGAUUGUACUUAUUAGCGCAUUAACGUUAUAUAAAGCAGGAGGCCAUGGCCUGGAAGUCGAGGACUCGCAGUCUACAGGUGUUUGACACGGAGCUGAGCGCUGACACGGUGGAGUGGUGCCCCGUCUCCUCGAACCACGACAUCCUAGCCUGCGGGACGUAUCAGCUGCAGAAAGGGACCGGGGAAGACGAUGCCUCCACUAGCAGGACUGGUCGUUUGUACCUUUUUGAAUUCCAGCAGGAGGGGUCGAUGAGUCCUCCACUUUCUAAACUGCAGGAGAUGGACACAGCAGCGGUUUUAGAUUUGAAGUGGUGCCAUGUGCCGCUUUCAGGGAAGGCAGUGCUGGGAAUGGCAGCUGCCACCGGAGAUCUGCAUCUGUACACGCUGUCAGACAGUCAGGAAGGUCCCCGCAGCCUACACUCUCUGUGCAACUUGGAGGUGGGCGUUGAUCGAUUGGCCCUGUCAUUAGAUUGGAGCACUGGAAGAAUGAACAGCAGUGAUGUGCAGGUGGUGUGCAGCGACUCUGCAGGCUGCAUCACUGUUCUUUCUGUGGCUGAAGGCUCUCUGACCACUCUGUCACAGUGGAAAGCACAUGACUUUGAGGCCUGGAUCUCCGCUUUCUCAUACUGGGACCUACAACUGGUUUACUCUGGCGGUGAUGACUGCAAACUGAAAGGCUGGGAUCUCAGAGUUGACCCCUCUCGUCCCACUUUUAGGAGUGAAAAGCACUCGAUGGGUGUGUGCAGUAUUCACAGCAACCCGCAUCGGGAACAUAUUGUGGCUACAGGCAGCUAUGAUGAGCACGUUUUGCUGUGGGAUGGCAGGAACAUGCAGCGUCCUCUCAGUGACAGUGCCGUGGGUGGUGGAGUGUGGAGGCUCAAGUGGCAUCCAACCCAUCAGCACCUGCUUCUAGCAGCCUGCAUGCACAAUGACUUCCACAUCCUUAACUGCCAGCAAGCUCUGGAGGGCAGCGGAGAAGCCUGUCCUGUUGCAGCCUCAUACAUCCUCCACAACUCUCUAGCAUAUGGAGCAGACUGGUCCCAACUGUCCCUGGAGAAACCUGUUCCCUGCUCCCCUACUGCUGCAGAACCAAAGGAAAGCUUCACCGAGAGCGGAGGACAUUUGAGGAUUCAGUAUGAAUCUCCCACUGCAAGCUUUGAUGCUUCCCUGGAGGAUGAUGCUGGAAGAUACAUCCCAGAGGGCAUUGCAGUGGCCUCUACUCCCCAAACUGCAGCCCCUGCGCUUGACCCUAAAGGCGAAGCCUCAUCAUUGUCCUGUCUGCUAGCGAGCUGUUCCUUCUAUGACCACAUGCUCCAUGUGUGGCGCUGGGACUGGACUCCAGAGGAGGCUCAGCAGGAAUCACAGCAAUGCUGAACAGUAACAGGCAGUGGUUGAAAUUACUUUCUGCAAAUGUUGCUCAAAUGAUGUUUUACCCAAGUAAAGCAGAAUGUAUAGACCACCUGUGACACGGGCAUGACACAGGUCUCAGAAUAUGCAAUUGGUAAAACUAUAUAUUUUUAUAAUCUUGUAUUUAAGCAAAUUGUAUAUAAUUGUUACACUGUAGCUCAUGUCAGGACAUCACUACAACCAUUAAAAUGGCCAUGCUAUGUCUAA